AAAAAAGAAAAUAAUAAAAAUGGUACUCAUUCUUAUAUAUAGUAGCCAUCUGCUUAAACUAUGAAAUUGAGAAGCCAAAAUUAUUAAGAAAACGUUCUUAAAUAAGGAAAAGUUCCUAAAUCAUUGCUUGUAAUAUACUGCAAUCUUAUAUUUUAAUAGAAAAAAGAAGAAAAAUUACCAGUAGGCCCAGUAUUAUUAGGAGUAUUCUUAUUUGUAGUAGUUGGAUCAGGUAAUGAUUAUUAAAAAUAUAAAAGCAUUGUUUUAAAUACUCAAUGUAGCUUCAAGUGGAUAAGAGGUUUGAUAUAUAAAUAUAUUUGCUAUAUCAUUUAUUAUCUAAAAAUGCA